AUGACCUUCUGGCCCUAUUACCAGCAGGUGAGGGCAAUUGUGAAGGUUAGUAACUAUUUAUCGAGCCCCGUUGGAGCUGCUUUUAUCAAUUAUCAUCUUUGUCAGGCCUAUGCGAAUAUACCGCUAGGUCAUGUGGGUAGCUUUGAAUCCUUUUUUUAAUUCUGGAACAACAACAACAAAUGUUAUUGAGUACAGUUGCAUCACUCGGCAGUGACUAUUGUCGCUUUCAUCUUGUCAAAAUGUCGUCAAAUAUCCCACGUAUUUCCAAAUUAGUCAUCAAAAUUAUAAAGUUAUUUCAGUGGACGCUGAAUUCCUUGUAUCCUUUAAAUUACUACCGAUGUGUGCGCCAUUUGAGGCACCAACCAAACGACUCCCCUGUUCUCUCCCCCCUCGCCUCACAAGGGGGCCGGGUCUAAUGUGAGCAACUAUAAAGUAGAGAUGCUUUAAUAUGCUAAAAGCAUAUGCAACUUCCAACUGGCUACACCCAGUUAAUAGUCUGUUUUUUUUUUUAAAACCAGGAUUUUCAACAGGUAAACAUUACCAGCGGCAUUGUCGUACACCGUCUUCAUUUAACAACAAAAUACAUUCGCUUCAUUCAAAGUAACUGGAAAAAAGGAUCUUGCGUUAAUUUUGACAUAUAUGGAAAUAUUGCUUGUAAGUAUUUUUUAAAAUAAUUAUUAAUCCUCGAAAGCGAAAAUCAAAACUAGUUAAAACGAAAUAAAAGGUAAGAUAAAUACUGUGAAAUCUAUACACAAAGGAAAUUUCUUUUCUAAGAACAGCGAGGUUGAAAUUUGCGAAGUUUUAAGAAUAUCUUAAGAAUAAACCAGGGGCUGAGAUUUUGAAAAGAUAAUUUUUCUAUAUUAAAAUUUGUAAAUACAAAAAUACAAUUAACCGUAUAUAAUUCUUCCUUUCCCCAGAUAAUAAAAGAGAAAAACCUGCACUGGUAACCCGAUAUAUAUUUUAGCUUAAUAUCGAUAGAAAAAUAAGAAUAUUCUACCUGUCCCGGAAAAACAAUAUUUUUAUAAAAAGCUUGUAGAAAAAGGCCGCUUAAUGUAAGCGGUCGCUUACAAAAAUACUCACAGGGCGUGAUCGAAUGUCAGUUUUAAUAAGAAGGUUUCACUCAAUCUUUUUAUCAAACUUUUAGACGCUCUAUACCAGGGCGGCCUUUUUCUGUCCAUAUGUUCUUUAUAUUUUCAACAAGUUGCUAACUUUUACCCGUGGAGUAAACGUAUCAUUGUUUUCAAAAAUUUUGAUCCUGGCAAAACCAGUGUGCAAAGAUUCUCAGAAGAGGAUGGAUACAUGGUGCCAAAUAACACUAGAUUUUGCUACUGCCAUGGAUUUGGGAUGUUCUGGUAAGCUGAAAGCUAGGUUUGACAGAAGCAAGAAUUCAACAAAGAAGAUGUGGCGAUGUUAUCACGAGUCGGCCUUAACAGCAGACUUAAGUCGUUAUAACGACAAACUGAAGAGUCCAUGUUACUACACCAGGCACCGACAGCUAAAUCAAGUGCUGCAAAGCUGUAAGUUUUAAAUUCAUCUUGAGAAGUUUAAGACAACGUAAGACUGUCUUUUUGUUCUUGUAGGACAGUUGAUAACUAGACUAGGAUUUAACUAAAAAGGUGGUCAGAUUUUCUUCGACCAGAUUGUAUAACUGAAUUUGUAAAGAGUUUUUAUCAGUUGUUUUGUUACUCUAAAUGGUGUGGUCAGCCACCCAGUUUGACUCCUUCAGCCUAUCCCUGGAAGUCAGUUAAAUACCCAUUCAUAGGGACGCUAAGUGGGUCAAAAGCCUAGCAAAAAUGGAACUUAGUUCAAUCGAGGCUAAGCCCUGGAAGGCUGUGAUUGGUGUGCUAAUAAAGGACACCUAACAAACAUAUCUUGAGGUAUCUUGAGAUUAAUCGGCAUUAUUUAUCUGUUUUAAAGGUUCACAAAACUUUACGGUGGAGAAUUGUUCGCUGGUAAGUUUCAGUGAGUCCCAUGUGAUUUUUAGUCGCCACUUUCCAGCAGCAAAAGGCAAUGCUAGAAUCCCCUUUUAAAUUCAAGAGUAAAAAUUGGCCACAUGUAAGGUAAUCAGAAUUCUGGAAUCCAGGUAAUGUUUUCUUCUUUUGGAAUCCGAAAUCUUAGGCUUUGAAAUCCGGAAUUCAGCUCAAGGAAUCCGGAAUCCAAGUUCCACUGAAGGAGAAUCUUGAAUCUUAUUCCUGAUGAAAUACAGAAUCAACGGCGUGGGAUCCAGAAUCCAAGACCGUCUUAGAUUAACCAACUUAUGUGGUGCCAACAAAUUAAUGCUUAGAUUGAUGCAUUUCGAAUCAAAUGAGCAAAAUUUGACAAGGUCGAAGUUCUUUCCUUCAUUAAUUUAUUUUGUGAAACACGUCCACAGAGAAUACGAGAGAAAUAUAAAUGUUGACAAGGAUGUAAAAUUUCUUUCUUCCAUACGUAGUUUUUUUCUCCGUAUUUGUGUACUCACCACUUUAGAAAACAAAAAUAAAACUGGGCCGAGUUAACUUUGGCAAAGACUUCUGGGACUGUUCAUAGAAACAGAGAAAAAAAUCGGUCAAUAGGGAACUUAAGGAAAUACGUUUUUGAACCGCGCACGUCAACCGGAAUUGGGCCUUUUGCAUCCUUGGCAGUGGUUUUACCAAAUGUUCGGCAAACCCUCUUUAUAAGAGAAAGGACACUUGACAGUACAAUUUUGCUGGCAUUUAGGCAUAUUACAUGUUAAUGGGAAUAGCCCCCCGUUCCGCCUGAAGUCGUUGAAGUACGUCGCUCAAAAACGUCUCUGCUUAAGUUGCCCAAUAGCUGACCGAAGAAAUGAACGGUGAUGUGCGACAAGUAAGUUUGAAACAAAGGAAAAUAAGAAAGGAAAAAAUUAAGUCAUAACAUGAAAUUUUCAUUGCAGUCUUCGCAAGAUGGAAACGAAGCAGGUGUAAAUGAUACCUUCUUGAGAGAAGUACUUGGAAACUUGAGUAAAAUUAAUGAGACUACAACUGUACUAUUAUCCACUGGUGGCAUUCUGGAUAUUUUAAAUGUUCUUGAGAAAAUUGUCAACGAAGAUUUCCUGGGAAAUACAACUCAGCAUGUCAGAGAUCAGUUUGCAAAGGUAUAAACAACUCCUAGCUGUUCCUAAUCUAACGCUGUCACAUUUUAUUGGUGAUUGACCAGAUGAGUUUGCCUUGCUGUUAACGUUGCCAAUUAUCGUUAUUUAAUAUUUCCAUUAUUUAAUUUACGCAGACUUUUUUGCACGUAACAAGUGCAUUGUUAAACGACUCCAACAUUUCAGCUUGGAAAAGUUCACAGUUGGUGAGUUUUGAUUGAAAUUCAACCGCAUUGAGAUAUGCCUGAUUAUAAGUUAGCCGGAAUAUCUUGAGUUGCAGUUUUUAAAUUUCCAAUGCUCAAGUAAAGCCUUAGUAACAGAACUCAGUCAUUUUUUUACUUGUCAGUUAGUUUAGGGUACUGGCACGGCGAUAAAGGGGUCCGGAGUUACUAUCGCAAGCACUUUCUCAAUUCUGAAUAUAGAAUAAUUAGCAAUUAUUCGAUGAGGCUGAGUAUGAUCUGAUGAAUUAUGUAGAUCAUAUGAUAGCCGACAACAGUAAUUGUUUUAUUAUUCAUUUAAAAUAGUUCAUACUUAAAAAACAAACUAAAACAGGCUUACCUCUAUCUAUGUAAAGAUUUUCUCAGUUCCUCGGCAAAUUCGGGAUAUGAAGGAAUGUUUUUAGGCUGUAGUUCGGCUAUUUCUUCUUCGAAAAAUGGUGACAUUUUCCGCCAAUUUUUCCAGUUCCACCAGUGAACUGAGCUAAGACAACAUCGUUCCCAGGGCCUCGCGGUUGCGUUGCCCUUUCCUAGCGAUAGUCUGCACUGUUGACGUCAUUUUCCAUAUUUGGUCAACACUAGUUUGUUAUGAAGAUUGACCGGGGAUUUGAGCCAAUCAGAAAAGAAUGUAUAUUGUGAAUGAAUUAUGUAACAACAAUUGACGUUGCACCAUUUUGUAGAAACUAAAAACAUAUUCAGUAAAAGCUACAUGUUCCAUAAUAUUUUGAAUUUUAAUUAUUACGCUGUUGAUGCUGUAGUUUGACACUUUGAGAUGGUUUGAUGAAUUACUCUGUAUAUAUUUUCUUUAUGGUGUGUGAUUUUCAGAAUUCAUCAACUUUAAGUCGGCUCUUAAAAACUGUAGAAGAUUUUGGUGUGGCAUUUGUGAAGUAUCUGGAGUGCGACAACCAAACAGCAAAUGAAAAAACGUUUUCCUUCCUUAAUAUUAGUAAGUAACCUUUCUUACUUACCUCCUUUUCAUUAUCUUGUGUCCAACACACAAUGGUUAAUCGAUAAAUGUGUGCAAAAAAUCAUAUUGUACCUGACUUUUUGUAUUUAUGUAUCUGUCCUACUACAGUCAAACAGUUUGCUGUGUCCCUAGGGAAAGAAAACCCUUACAUUUUCUCCAAAUUCAACCCGCUUAAUACGGACACUUUCUAUGGUCCCCUCAGUGGCCGUAUUAACGGGGUUUGACUGUAAUAAUAAUAAGGGAUGUUUUUAUUUGCAGAGCUCACAGCGAAGUCAUGCAUAAGAAGGACAGGAUUUCCGUUGAAGUUAUUUGCAAGCGACGGUUGUAGCACAGAACAAAACGUAUCAGAAUACUGUAACACAUGGAGUGGCGUAAUGGAAAAUGCUAUACUUCCCAAACCAACGUCGAGAGGUACUUAGUUAUUUUCAUUGUAUUCAUUCUAUUUGAUUAUUGUGCUGUCUAGGUUUAUCUAUAGUUUGUAAAAGUGACGGAAAUCAUAAAGAUACCAUUUCUUAUUGUAACAAUGUAGUUGUCUGCUGUUUUUAUGAGUCGCUGAACCAAAAAAGGCACUCUGAAGUUUUUUUUAUCCAAGGAGUGAUCAACAUCAAUUUUCUCCUAACUAUGACAAUACAUAAUUAAGAAAAAAAAGGUUAUGAAUAUUAAUAAAGUGAAAACCUAAGGGAAACAAAGGUAAACAAAGGUAACAGACAUUAAGUAAAGGCGGUACAAAGUGACAACCGUAACUAAGCCCUAUCAGUGACAGUUUGUUGUUACAAAAGGCGGUAAAAGCCCAUUUAUAAUACCGCACAUGGAUAUUUGUGUUAAAAACAUACGGGAUUUUCUUGACUGUGAUUUUUGUUCUUUUGUGUGUAUAGAGCAUCAACAAUAUCAAGUAUCAUUUAUUUCUUAUAAAACGGCGCACAAAUUAUUUCCGGUUGACCCAACAAGAGGAGAUGCUGAUUGGCGGUAAGAAUCAUUAUACUACUACAUGAGAAAUUUCUGCAAUUUGAUUGGCUUAGAGCAGUGGUAUUUCAGCUUAAUUUGAAAUACCUACAUGUGAAAAUUACAAACCUUUUGCGGGUAGUAGUAUAAACAAAUAAUCGCAUGAUUUGUACGUGAUAUUUGGCAUAAAUACCACUAGUGAUAUUUCAAAAUAGUCUCAAAUUUCACUCGCCUAACGGCUCGUGAAAUUACGUAUAACAAUUUCGAAAUAUCACUCGUGGUAUUUAUGCCAAAUAUCACUACAAAUCAUGGUAUUACCUAUACUAAUUAGGUUCAUUUGUAACUGUGACUUCGGUGACUAUCCAACUGAUAAGCUGCAAUGCUAACGAAACAAAUGGACAAAUAGGAAAAUAGCAACUUCUUCAAGUAACUAAGAUAACAAUUAACGAAGUAAUUACAGUAUUUAUACUGCGACAUCAGACCUCAGGUGAAUUAAGGCAUGGGUCCUUGUUACUUGGGGGGGUUUUAUGAUUUGAUCUUGUUUUAUCCAGUAUCUUCCUUCUAUUUAAACUUAGACCGCUGCAUUUAAGACCACAACCACUUUGGACCUUAAACACUACUUUUUACAUAUCACGUGACCAGCCACUCCCAUAAUUAUGCAAAAUUUGGACUCUGCAGACUACACCACUUUAAUGAAUGUGACCACAAUCGUUUUCCCUUCCAUAAUAUUUCAUUUGCAGUCAAAUAAGCUAAAUUAAUCGGGGGUUUGUGAAAUGAUCCAUUCCUUCGUAAUUAUUAGAUAUUUUUCUCUCGUCCCAGUCUCCCUCUUAACAAGAAAGGUUAUAGUUUACAAAGCGUAGAUAAUUUAAGAAAACCCCAAUUAAUUCCAUAAACUUUGUGUCGAUAGUCGUUGAAAAAAAAUAAAUUAAAUUACAAGUGUCAUUUAUAAAGUGGUGUAAAUUUGGAUUGAAAUAAAAAGUCAAAAAUGGGUGUGGCAAGUCACGUGACAAAGAUAAUACAUUCGUAAUAAUGAAAAAUGAAUCCUUAUGGGAAAUAUAUGUUAAAUUUAAAAUAUUUAUGCGAAAGGUAAAAUCCCUACUAAAACAGACCACCCCCCUCCAAAUUUGCAGUGCCCCAUUCCUUAAUUCACCGGAGACAUUUCUGCAAUUUGAUUGGCUUAGAGCAGUGGUAUUUCAGCUUAAUUUGAAAUACCUACAUGUGGAAAUUACAAACCUUUUAAGGGUAGUAAUAUAAACAAUUAAUAGCAUGAUUUGUACGUGAUAUUUGGCAUAAAUACCACUCGUGAUUGUCUCAAAUUUCAUAAUAACAAUUUUGAAAGAUCACUCGUGGUAUUUAUGCCAAAUAUCACUACAAAUCAUGCUAUUACCUAUACAAGUACAACUGUAGCCAAAUGAAUGGUUUGCUAAUAUAACCUCUGCAAAAUACGAAAUAAAGAUAAUUGACUGUUGAUUAACUAGACAGCUGACGUCUGACUGAUACACUGAAAGCCGUUUUACAAGUUUUCUAAAGGAAAUGGAGAGAAGAAGAAAAAAUCUUCUUACCAUCCGAACAAUUUCAAACAUCGUUUGUCGAGCAACAGAUUUUAAACAUCAGACCAAUUUUUGUGUUUGUCAUUGCAUUAAGAUAUUUUGAGAUUAUAACAGUUUCACUUUGCGUUGCCAUCAAACGUAAGACCUAAUUUUUGUCAUGUUGCACCUUCGCUAUAAAUAUUGCGUUUAAAUUAUCUUACUGAAUCUGGCUUUCUGGCAUUUCCAGCUUAUUGGAUAAGUCAGAAAGUCGGUAUACCCCUUUAUUUAAUCAACAAAGUUUAUUACUUGCAAAUUGAUUCUAAUUUCUUGUCGGGGGUGCAAUAAAAUUGUUGUUGCUGUUGUUGUUGUUUACUGCACUGAGUAAACUGAACUUGUUUUUCCCCCUUACAACUUAGAUCCACCAAAGUAGACAGCCGCGUUAUGUCUUUGACUGUAAGACCUGAGGGAGUAGUUGACAAUGAAAAUCCCGUAGUUGUAACCCUGCGUCCAUUAUCACAUGUAAGUUACUAGCAAUCAUCAUACAGAAAAACCUCUACGCAAUCUGACAAAACAGUCGAAUCACAGAGUCGGUUGUGGACAUGCAAUAACGACAAUGCGUCUUCAAGGAACAAUACCACGGUUUUUGCAUUUUGAGGUUUGUCGUUUGUUUUCAUGACAUCCUAAACCAUCCUUAAUCUUUAAUUAUCAAUUUAUCAUUACCUUUGUCAUACAUUUCUUUAGUGCGAGACUGUUAGUUUGGGUUUCCUUCAAUAUAAAGAUUCAUAGUUUUGUAGGCUGCAAAAUAAUGUCAUAUCGUCACACAGAACUCCUUUAUACAUACACGUCCACAGUAUCCAACCUUUUCAGUCAUUUUGUUUGCUUUAAUAAUUUCUUUUUAUUUCAGAAUUCAGAUAAUGAGAAAGAUUAUUACUGUGGAUUCUGGAACUUUAGUGCUUCGUAAGUAACAAAGUCUACGCAAAAUUAUGCAAGUGUGGUAUUAAAGUUAAUAGGCAUAACUAAUCAAAAUCGUUACGAUUAUUCCAAGAAAGAAUAAAAAUAAGAGAAAAUGCAGUGCUUCGCGUCGAUUUCGAAGUGCAGUUUGCAUGCAACUUGGGUCCGGUAUUCUAACACACAUGCACACCUCUGUCUUAAGUUUUUAUGUUGAUUCCUACCUGUUUAGAAAGCUAUACUACUGACCGAUGACACAACCAAAACAGGUUUAGUAUUAGAAAGUCAAAUGUCAGCAGUGCGGGCUAAUGCUACUUUCAAAUGUAUUCAUUUCAUGGCGAUUUGCACAAAUUUGCUCCUUACGAAUAUGUUGCAAAUAUAUAAAUACUGAGGAGUAAAUAUAUGGCAAACAUGGCAAAUGCCACAUUUGCCUAGUUAUUUACACCCCUUGUUUUUUGGUAUGCAAAUGUGGAACUUACCAUCUUUGUCAUAUGUUUACUCCUCAGUAUUUACAUAUUUGCGACAUAUUUGCAAGGAGCAAAUUUGUGCAAAUCCUUUUUUUCGUCCAGUGAAUUAAUUAAUUUGUUUGCUCAAUUAAUAUUGGCUUGUUUGCUCUUAAACUGUAUUUGUGUCAUCGACCUUAGGGGAACAGUUAAUGGAGCCUGGUCAACUGACGGAUGCACUUUGCUAUUGAUUAACUCGUCACGAGUCACGUGUCAUUGUAAUCAUCUCACAAACUUUGCUCUUCUUCUCAGAGUAGAUUCCGACUCUGUUGUGGUAAGUAAAGCCUAUUAAUGCACUUAAACUGAGUAAUAAUCACUCACUCUGACUCACUCAUUCACUCACUUGCUCACUCACUCACUCACUCAAUCACUCACUCACUCAAUCAAUCAAUCAAUCAAUCAAUCGAUCGAUCGAUCGCUAGAUCGAUUAACCAAUUAAUCAGUUAAUCAAUCCAUUAAUCAAUCAGCUUAUCAUCAAACUAUAAAAAUGUUAUUCGUUUCCUGUUUUAAUGAAACGUCAUCAAUUUGAAAAUAAAAAACUUAUCAACUCUCAAAUGUUUCAGUUGUUGGGUACGGAUUUUUCCACAGGUUCUUUUCUGCAAGUUAAAACAUGUUUAAAAUUUAUUAAAAUGAAAAAAAAGCAAAUAAAAAUUUAUAUUUACAGCCACAAGGUUUGCACCGAGAAGCUCUCUUGUGGAUGACGUAUCUUGGAUGUUCGUUGUCUUUGGCUGCAGAGAUACUGUGUUUGGUAGCUUUCAUUCUAUUGACGUAAGUACAGUACAUUCUCGAAGUAACAAAAGAGAGACCAUCCUUCCUAACCUGUGGCAUCUCUUCUCCGAUUGUAGUAAUUUUUUUUUAAAAUUCAAAUCCGGCUAUGUUACCCAAAAGUUAUUCACCCCUCAAAGAAGUAAAUAAAAAAUCAAAAGCGUUCUUUUAUUUCAGGAAUUUAAAAGACAACAAAGUCAAAAUACACUUCAACAUGAUAGCGUGUCUUGCUGGUGCUCAUCUCAUUUUCUUAACUGGAAUCAAAAGCGCGGUCUCUUGUAAGGUGAGUUCAUUGAUUUACUUGUUUUCAUCGUUCAAUGAAAAUGGAUUUUCAAAAACUAAAGCGUCAAGUUUUACGUCAUUGUCUUGACACGUAUGAUUUACCAGACAUAUGAUUUUACUACCAAUUAAAUGUUCAUGCUUGUCGAAAAUUGGCGUAUGCUUAAGAACAAAUUCCGUUCCAAAAGUUUAUAAUUAUCACUGAAUUUUCUAGCUCUUUUAGUUAAUCCGUAAAUGACUCUAAAUAUGGGAUAGUUGUUCAACAUGGCUCAAAUAUAAAGCUUCGACCAGUGGUUAGCAUACCCUAUAAAAAUAAUUGAAAAUGAAGACCGCCUGUACAAAAAAUGGGCGUCCAUACCGACCCUGUCCCUAUGAGGAAAUUCUUCUCGAAGGGUAUUCUUCUUUGCAUGAUAAUCUUACGAGAUAUAACGAAUGAAAUAUUAUAAAACGGAAAAAAACUGUUUUCAAAUUUAGGUCUUUUGCAAGACGGUUGCAGUGAGCCUUCAUUUCCUUUUCUUGGCCUCCUUUAUGUGGAUGCUGGUGGAGGGAAUACAUCUGCUAUCGAGAAUCAAAGCUUCCUUCCGGUUAAGAAAUGAAAUGACAAUAUCCUAUGCGAUAGCAUAUGGUAAGCCACUCCCGGUACAUUUUUGUCAAUAUAAUUCAAUAUUAUCCAAGAAGUAAAAAAUCUUACAGAAAACAACACGAUUAUUUUAAAGCUGUCCAGAGCACCCAUUAGUAUUUCCAGAGAGAAGCAUAAACAUCCUUCUCCUCAGUGCUUGUGAUUAGUACUAUAGUAAGCACUGUAAAACAUUAACAUAUCUUAACUUUGACCAGAACAACUUUUGAUGAAAAGUUUAAGUAUGGUUUAAGCAGUUAAGUGAACAAACAAGAAUGUUUAUUCAACUUUACCACACAAGAAGCAGCUGACACACGCACACACACACACAUUAAUUUCGUUCUUUCUUUUCUUUUCUCAUCUAUAAGGUUUACCAUCGCUUAUAGUUGGAGCAACGUUUGCAGUAAAGUUUAAUGAGUACGGAAAUGCAGAACAGUAAGUCCUUUUUGAAUUAAGUCUAUCUUUAAUUUGUCUCUGAUCACUUUUUCAUUUCUAUUCUUAAUCUUUGGACCUUUCUGUAGUUGCUGGUUGUCUAUAACGUCUGGUACACAAUGGUCGUUUAUUGGUCCUGUCUGUGGUGUUCUAUUGGUAAGUGCUCCGGCUUUAACGACCUUGCUUUUAAAGGAGCUGUGUCACGAAAUUCAACAAAAUUAGGAAAUUACAAAAUGCCCGUUUAAUUAAGAGAAACAUAGAAAAUAACCGCUUAAAACUUUAAAGGAAGGUUAAAACAGAAACAACAGAUGCCACGGAUGGGCAAAACUGAAGAAGAUUGAAACGGAUUGAAAUUAGGGGUUUUGAAAACUGUUCAGCCUAACAGUUUUUCAAAGUUGAUCCCUGCUGCUUGCAACUUCAAAAAUAAUGCUCAGGAGACAUAUUUGUUUGUCUCAGAUCUAUGAUUUUGUCAUUUAUAUGUAAUUUCUUUGCUUACUUUAAGUUCCAUAGCGACUGAGGGCGAGUAAUUGGCAAAAUUAAACAAUAUGAACUGGACUGCCGUGACACAGCCCCUUUAAGGGGCCAAUGGUCUAAAAUUAAUUCUUAUACCGCCUAAAUGUUAGUUUUGCAGCAUUCGAAUAAACAGGUGAUAUAACAUUUAUAUUCAACUAAAUGUCAAAUAAAAAAAAGUAAGCUAAAAAUGUGUUAUGUACAGUUCUCUUUUUAACUUUCGGCUCAAUUCUCUCUUCAGGUGAAUUUUGUUGUGUUAGGAGCGGUUCUGGAGAGGUUGACAAGAACAAGAAUGUUUCAAAGCAAAAGUGAAUUGCAAAAAAUACGGUGUGUAUGUCCGCUCGCUUAAGCCUGCAUGCACGCCAAUCCUGCUUUUAUGGACUUCAGGAACAGAAUGGGGUCUUAUGUGCCCGCCACAUAUUACUAUACGCAUGCAUAGGCAUCAGUCAACAACCUCGUUCCCAGGGUCCUCUCCUACUUGGCCCCCGGAGCGAGAGAGAGAGGCCGAGAAGGAGAGGACCCUGGGAACGAGAGAGAUCAAUUAAAGCCCAGAAGGCUGAUGUCAUUCUGAUGUAAUGUAACAUCAUAACAGCAAACCUUAUUCCAUAUAGUUGGCCGGAACAGUGUAACCAAGCAAUUCCGGUACACUUAAUAAAUGGUUUCUAACACUAUGGCUGUCAUUAUUAGCAUUGAAUUGCCACCUGAUAAUUAUAACCCUUCGUCUUGGUUCCGCUACAAUGAAUUUCUUUACUUCAAGCAUUCUUAAAACGAAUUGGGCUUUCUGCAAAAACUAGGCCGCUUAACACCAGGCGCCUACUCAAUACGCAAGUACAUUUAAUAAGCGUUGAUGGAAGAAUAGAAAGCUCAUCUCUUUUUCCGUUUUUUCUACUGUAAGAAGAAAAAGUAAACAUCACAUUUUAACAAAUUAGGCUAAGCUGUUUAAAGUUUGAAAAAAGUAGUUGUCAAAGAAGCGUUUUCACGGAAAUGAACCUUACUUUUUAUCUUUAUUUUAUACUUCAGCACGACGGUACGAGCCUCCAUGACACUAACACCACUGCUUGGACUGACCUGGUUGUUUGGAAUAUUCGCUGUUGAUCAGGACACAAUCGUGUUUCAAUACCUUUUUGUUACAUUUAACUCGUUGCAGGUAAGUUACCUCAGUUAAUGCCCUUCUAUGGCGUUAGAGUUAACAGACGUCAGCCCAAAUUUAACCCUGUGCAAGAAAGAUUCCUCAUUUCUUGUCUCGUACUAUCAGCGAUGUCGUCGUAUUUCAGUAUAAAAGCCGUGAGUCCAGCCGUCACCGAGCAAUACUGAGUUUAAUGAAUGAGUUAUUGGCCGGGCCUAGAUUUUUAAAAAGAAAUUGGGAAAGGAAAUAAAAUGUUAAGCUUUAUAAAAAAUGUGGUGUCAAAGUGUAUUCACGGCCUAAGUCAGUCCGAAAUUCACGACGAAAAGUUGAAAAAUGAAAAUGGAAAAUUGAAAUGGCUGACUGCUGUUUCUAAACCGUGGUCUUUUUUUUUUCUUUUUUUACUAGGGAGUGUUCCUCUUCUUGUUUCACUGCAUUUUCAGCACUGAGGUAUCUUUACCUUGCUUUGUUUUAUUCAUCGAACUGAUCAACAUCAUAAAAAGUUAGUGGGAAUCUAUCUCUUGGAAAUAAAACCGUUAAACGAGACUAAGACGAAGCCUAUUCGCUACUUUACGAAGCCUAUUCGCCACUUUGCAAAGCCUAUUCGCCACUUAGAAAACGAGAGGGAAACUAGGCCUAGUGAGCUUUGCUACUGAACAAAGACUUCUGGGACUCUUAUUGGGGACAUGGAAGAAAAUUUGGCCAAUAGCUGAUCAGCGCGUGCCCAGUAACCAUCCCAGAAACAAUUGCAGGACACAUUUCAGCUGAAGUCACCUUCUCGUUUCUGUGGCGUCUAGGAACAAAGGGAAUAAUUCCUUUACUAUUUCAAAAGGACAUUUUUGAAUCAACCCUUUAACUUCACCUCUUCACUUAAACGAAGGCACUAGGGGAAGUAGCUUUCAGCAGAAUAGGUUACAAAGUUAUUGUCGAAAAUUUUGAGAAACUUUAUUUGGGUGGGGCCCUCCUGGGAGCACUUUCAAGUGAAAAGGACAAGUAUCAAAGAAACUGGAGGCGAUUCGACGGGACAAGUGAGCGAAAAGAAUUGAGUAGAUUUGAAUUUAAACCGAAAUUGCUUUCUUUUUGUUUAAAGCCUUCGCGGCUUUUGGCGUGAUUUGAUCGCAGUGUUUUUCCUGUUUAUUAGGUCAAGGCUGGUGUCAGGAGCUUCAGACGAAGGAGAAGAGUAACGCAGGAAGUGAAGAAAGUAGCGAGCAAGGGUCAGGUCGAAGAACAACAUAAAGUAAUCACGAAUAUGAAUUUUCUACAUAACUAAUAAACUUUUUCAUCCCUUAUUUUGUGAGACUAACGGAAUGAUAAACCAGUCAGUAGUGUAAAAACAAUCGAAUCACCUCAUAUUUUGAUCAUUCAACUUUAGAAGGGCUUCCACCGAAUCACUGAGCACGAUGUCUUGACGACUCAGCUUACGAAGCCGAAGGCCUGUGAGUUGGUCGUUUGUCAGUUCCAGUGUACAUAUCAAGGGGAUGAGAUUAAAAAAUCACUUGCGAGGUGGACAAUUACAGGCUGCAGUGACGUUGUCAUAAAAAAGAACGAUAAACUAGAAGGGGAAAAGGGGGAUUAAUCAAUUGCCGUGUAAACUCCAGAAUACUUCUCAGAUUUUUCUGAUUCUCUUUGGUAUAAUGGCGGACACUAACUUUUUCUUCCCAUGGUAUAAAUAUGCGUUCAAUAAUGUUUAACUUCUUGAUGAAAUGAUGUUCUGCCCGGGAUAAUUGAUGGUAAAAACUCAACUUGGAAACUUUUGAAUAGAAGUUCAAAUCCUAUUUACUGUUGUAAAUCAAUAAAUAAACAACUUAAAACCAUCUAAAUAUUUGUGGGUCCCCUGUGUAUGUUGCUAGGCCUGAUUUUUUUGUUAAUCGUUAUUUCUUUAUGAAAAGAGAAUUCCUUGGUGGCUUUUUUUCUUUAAAUUUUAUAUCACGUCAUUGCAAUUUGUAAUUAAGUGUUUGUAAUAUCUGCAACAUGGGUAGAUCCUUUGAAAAGGGGUUCCAAACAUGUUCCUCACUCUUCCUUUGUUCGUCUAUUUUUCUUGGUCUCUAUACAUGGAAAUAUCAAAAUAUAUCGUAUAUAACAUCAUGUACUACUUAUAGAUGGUUUAAACAGUGACGUCAUCAAAUUGUACAGUUAAAAUAGCGAGGUUUUACGAAUUCUUAUUUAAACUAGGUUGAAGAUGAACAAAAAUUAAUCUUUGUACAAGUUUCUAUGUCCGUAGCAUGUUUCAUUUCGAAAAUACAGCAAUUUGAACUUCCGAGGUUUUUUCACGGUGCGUGACCGCCAAGAUAGGAAUGCUGUCUCGUUGAAAAAAGUCUCUCCCCUUGAUUUUGAGCAGUAUAACCAUUUCAAGUGUUGGAAUAUACGUGUAUGUGCACAUAUGCUAGUUCUCGAGUAAAAAGAAAGAGCUUUUAUAGAAAAAAUGAACUUGAUUUCUAGAUUUCCGGCGGCCAUAUUGGUGGACCAAAACUGUACACCAAUAUGGCGUCUCCAUAAAAAGCUCUACCAAGGUGCAUGAUACGUUUCGGCAAAUAAUUCAGAAACUGUUGGCCACAAAGACCUGAGACUUGGAAAAAUUGUUUAUAUAUUACUCUUUUAUAACAUUUCAUUUUCUUGGCUUUUUCCACCGGACGGUUUCCAAUUUAUUUUUUUGUUGCGUGACAGUGAAAACGAUCUAUACUACUGACUCCCAAUGUAUUUAUUAUUAUGUUUUACAGAUUUAUUCAAAGACGGCAUGGCCGUUUAUCGAGCUCAAUAAACGGAUUGAGGUGAUUCAGGCGGCGAGUUUGACCAGAAUGGUCCGGCGAUUAUCUGAAGACCUACAGGAUAUCAACGUUGGAAAUAAAGACUGCAAGCCAAGCAAUGAUUCUACAUCUUACGCUUGGGCAAAGAAAUGGCUAAACUCGCCUCACCAAAAUAUGACAAUCACUUACGGCUGCAAGAGAAAGCCCAAGGACUGUUUCAGGCGGAGGUCACUGCCAUGAAAAAUUUGUCGUUGUUCUAAGCUCAUUCAUCUCGACGUUGCUGGGAGAUACAGUUUUGUAAUUAUGCCCAAAUAUUGGUUACGUCGGGGAGCACUAGCUUGUUAUAUUUUAUAUAUAUAUUAGGCAUUUUAGAUUUACAGCCGACGAGGAGGACAAAGUAUUGAAUUACUCAGUGAGAUGGAUCUUUGAAGUGUACUUUCAGUUUUGGACCCGGACUCGGUAACAGAAACGAGUCCUGAAACCUUGGUUGAAGCAUUUAAGUGAUGACAGGAUGCAUUUUCCCAAGACGUUGAAUGAUUGUGCCCAUACCUAAAACGGAAAUAUUAAUCGAAAAAUGGCAAACACGUGCACAAUAAGUCGUUCUUGGCUUACAGGGACAAAGAGUA